ACGUUAAUGAGUACAUUGACUUUCUUACCACUUUUGCCUUUGGAAACAAAAGAGAAAGUGGGUCGUCUCAUUCAUGUCACUCAUCAAAUUCCAUAUGAAGUUCAAUCUUAUCGUACACAACAAGGUUUAUUAUGGUCUUUUACUCCUCGUCACGGUCAUUCUGCUAUGUAUGCUGGUAUGCAGUCUUUAGAACCAGACUUUGAAACUCUUCGAAUAGGAUGGACAGGUUCUAUUCAAUGUCAACAACUUACAUCAACACAGAAGCAAUACGAUCAUCUAUUUACACCAAAAGAACAACAGCAACAACAACAACAACAACAACAACAACUGACUAGUGAUAUAGAUCAGUUUACAGAAGAAGAAAAAUACGAUAUGAUACAACAACUUUAUCAUCAAUAUGGUUGUAUUCCUUUAUUUUUAGAUAAUGAAGAAGUGGAUGGUCAUUAUUAUGGAUAUUGCAAAACUAUGCUUUGGCCUUUAUUCAAUUAUAUUUUAUGGAGUGAUGCUACUGAUGGACGUAUUGAAAGAAAACAAUGGGAAAUCUACAAGUUAGUGAAUCAAAAAUAUGCAGAUAUGGUACUCAAACAUUACACAGAAGGAGAUACAGUAUGGAUUCAUGAUUAUCAUCUUUUACUGGUUCCUGCAAUGGUUCGAUCAAAACUUCCAAAGGCCCGUAUAGGCUUAUUUUUACAUGCAUCCUUCCCUAGCUCCGAAAUCUUUCGUGUAUGCCCCAAACGUGAAGAAAUAUUGAAAGGAAUGUUAGGGGCAAAUCUGAUUGGUUUUCAGACAUAUGCAAACUCUCGUCAUUUUAUCUCAAAUUGUACUCGAUUACUUGGGUUUGAAUCUACUCCAGAUGGCGUGAAUUGGGAAGGUCAUUUUUGUCGUGUUGGUACUUUUCCUAUUGGAAUUGAUGUGGAUGAUGUGGAACUCAAAAGAUCAAGUCCUCAAGUGAUGCCUAAAAUGCAAGCUAUUGGGGAAAUGUAUACUGGCAAGAAAAUCUUGGUUGGACGGGACAAAUUGGAUUUGGUGAAAGGUGUUUUACAAAAACUGGCAGCUUUCGAAAAGUUUUUGACAGAUUAUCCUGAAUGGCAAAACAAAGUGGUCUUAAUUCAAGUUACUGAUGCAAAUACUGGUGAUACUACUAACAAGAAGGAAAUAGAACACAAGGUCUCAGAAAUGGUGGCUAGAAUCAAUGGCACCUUUGGCUCACUUGAAUUUACUCCUGUACAUCAUUACCAUCAUCAUAUUCAACCUGAUGAAUAUUAUGCUCUAUUAUCAAUUGCUGAUUCUGCUUUGGUCACUGCUAAUCGUGAUGGGAUGAGUACUGUUUCCUUGGAAUAUAUUAUGUGUCAGAAAGAAAAACAUGGUCCCUUGAUAUUAUCUGAAUUGACUGGUACAGCUGGUUCUAUGAGUUCCGCUUUGAUGGUAAAUCCUUGGGAUUAUGCUGGUGUGGCAAAAGCUAUUAAUGAUGCAUUGAUAAUGUCUGAUGAUGAAAAGGCCUCUCGACACGCUCAAUUGUUGGAUCACGUCAAAAAAUAUACGGCUUCCUAUUGGGCUCAUUCCUUUAUCAAGUCUCUAUUCCAUACAUACACUUUAUCUGAACAAAGCAGUAAUACACCUUUACUAAAGAUAGAUCAUCUUGUACAAAAUUAUUCUACCUCACAAAAACGACUGUUAUGUUUUGAUUACGAUGGUACAUUGACUCCAAUAUGCCAAACGCCUGGUGCAGCAGUGCCUCCUCCUGAUAUGUUGAAAGCAUUAACAAUACUAUGUCAAGAUCCAGCUAAUGAAGUAUGGGUGAUUUCUGGACGAGAUGAACAUGCUUUGGAUACAUGGUUGGGACAUAUUCCUGGAUUAGGAUUAUCUGCUGAGCAUGGUUCUUUUAUAAAAUAUCCGAAUUCGAACAAAUGGAUGAAUUUGGCGGAACAUUUCGAUAUGGGAUGGAAGCACGAUGUAUUGGAAAUAUUCACUUACUACACGGAACGAACGGCGGGCAGCUUUAUCGAACACAAACGGUGCGCUUUGACCUGGCAUUAUCGGCUUGCGGAUCCUAUUUUUGGUGAAUUUCAAGCAAAAGAAUGUCAAAACCAUUUGGAAACGGCUCUAUCCAAGUUACCUGUUGAAGUGUUGGUUGGCAAGAAGAAUCUGGAAGUAAGAUUGAAAUCUGUCAAUAAGGGUGAGAUUGUAAAACGGCUACUAUUAGCAUCACCAUUAUCCACUUCAUCAUCACAUUUGCAAACCCUAUCCAACUCAUCUCCUAGUGUUGAUUUUGUUAUGUGUUGUGGGGAUGACAAAACUGACGAAGAUAUGUUCAAGACUUUGGCUCGUUCGUCCGUGGACAGUACUGGCAAGUUCUCCGUUCUCAUUGGUGCUGAAGACAAGAAAACAGCGGCUUUAUGGCGUGUCCCAUGUGUACAAGAAAUGAUUGAUAGUUUGACUGUACUGGCCAAUUUAUAUACCAAAAUAGAGUAGAUCAUUCUAGAUUAGGUUAAACAUUAGUCUAUAGAUUUGUAUUUUUAUAUGUAAUACUAUAUGUAUAUAUGAAGGAUGAAUAAUAAUAAUAAAAAAAAGUUCUCUAUUCAUUUUAGAUGAUAUUCUUUAUUAAA